AUGUCUUUCCUUCAUGGUGUUCUUCAGAGUGUGAGGGAUGAUGAGAGUGUUACAACAUAUGAUGACAAUAAUGAUAUUAAUAAUGUUCUUGACAAUUUACAUAAUAAUGUAGGUAAAGGCCGUCAGGCCUUCGGUGUCGCCGUGACUGAGGUGGAGGAGAGGACAAAUAAAGUAAACGAGGAGUUAUCCAAACUCAUCAUCGAUAUGGGAGGGCUUUAUACAAAUGACGUGGAGAAGAAAAAAUCUGACACCCUUGAAAAGCAGUUGAAGAAUUGGAAGGCAAUUACAGAAAUACUUGAAAAGGAGCUUCAACGUAUUGAAACUAAUAACGUUAAUGACUUAGAUCCUGUGUUGCGUGAUAAAUUGAUGCAUAAGAUAGACGCUGUGAAAAGCGCCGUGCAGGUGCUGAAGGGGUCGGCGGAUAGCAAGGAGCUGGAGAAGAAAGUCAGGGAGGUGGAUGACGAGUUAUGGAAACAACAAAUGCACCUUAUUAAUUUGCUGGAUGAUGAGUUUGAAAAGAUUUGUAUAAAGGUUGGCGCAUUGGAAAAAACGAAAAUUAAGCACAUUUGGCUUAUGAAGAAGACUGUAAAGGAAUGUAAGGAAAAUUUAUUAGAUUUGAAUAAUCAGUAUAGAGACCAGAUUCGUAGUAAGUUUCUUAGCUUAAAGGAUGAAAUGACGGAAAUCAAUAACCACGGUGGUGAUAAAUCUGCGCUUGAAAUGCAGGUUGACAACAUUAAAUCGGAGCUUUUGGAUGUUGGUAGCAAACUGCAGACAUAUGUUACGAAUCUGGCAAAUGGGAUUGAAGCGGCAGAGAAAUUGCGCAACGAUGCUGCUAGUAAGGCGCAAAAGGUGUAUGGUGAACUGACGAAGGAGAGUAGUGUCUCUGACUCAAUUGCCGGUAGAUUGAGUGCUAUUGAAGGUGCACAACAGGCGAUUGGCGGGACAAAUGGAACGCUUAGUAAAAUUGACAGCUCUCUUCAGCAGUGGAUUAAGGAUGUUGGAUGUACCAUACGUGAUAAUUCAGAGAAGGUUAACGCUAUCAUCUCUGCAGUUCAUGACAGCAAAACGAGCAUAAUUACUCAGGCAGUCGAAAGUCUAAAAAGACAGACUUCAAGUAAUUUUAUCGAUUUUAAGAAACAACAACUUAACGUCAUCGGGCACCAGGCAAAAGAGAAACUCACCGAGCUGGCCAGCGCCGUUGACAGCUUGAUAAAUGAAAGAUUGAAGGAGAUGCAGAGUGCGUAUUCGCAGUUGACGUCUUCGCCAGGUCAAACACCCCUCAACGGCGGGCAACUGCAUCAGUGGAGCCAGGCAGCGCUGAUGGUACUCGAUGUCGGAAAAAAUGUUGAUGCUGCAAUUAAGUAUAUUUGGGAUAGAUAUACUCAAUUUGUGCAGUCACCGCAAUUACGAGCGCCAUUAGAGGAAUGGCAAAAAUAUCAGCGACAGCUGCCGGGACUUGAUGCUUUUCUUCGUGGAAGACUAUCCUCUCUCCCUGCCGAUCAACUUACUCCAUAUCACGACCCUCUAACUGGAUAUGCAUCUGCCACUAGGGCGUUUAUGAGAGCUUUUGUGGACUCUAUAAAAGGCGGCGUUCAACUUGAAGUUAACAGUGCUACCAUGAAUCUACAUAAUAAUUCUGAAUUAAAACAAUUAACUGAGACAUUAAAUGGUGCACUCCAAUUUGCUCAGCAAGUCAACAAUAAACUUCAGCAGUUCACUCGUCAUAGUAGUUUUAGUGGCAUCCGUGAUGCUCCCAGUGAACUCAGCAGUUUAGUGCAACAGGCGUCAAACUUCCAUACUACCUUUGAGCGAGAAACAAAAGCUAUCGAAAACUUGGAACAGCGCUUUACUACACCUUUCAAAAGGCUCGUCGACGAAGUUGGCAAAGCUGCUUUAAAGAAUAACAAUGGCUUGCAGAAAACCUUUGAAGAUCUGAACGAAAGGAUUACAAAUUCUUUACAAACAGGUUCAACUGGUAUCCAGGGGAUACAACAGGACUUAGCCGCCCGAAUUUCCGAAUUUUCCAAUAAACCUAGCGAAAUACACUCAGCCGUCAAAGAAAUAACUCGGGCACUGGACGGUCUCAAAACAGAUUUGCAGAGAACCCCCGGACAUCCCAAUCCAAAAGGCGACGGCGCCCUGGACGCGCUGGGCGCCCUAAAAACUAAAAUUGGCCAUACUACCGAUCAUGGUUCCCCUUCAGAAGGGAGUCUUAAGAGACUCCAUAAUGAGCUCCAAACGCUGCACUCCAGUGAAAUUAAGCAACCUGGUAAUAUACAGACAGCAAUACAAAAGGCGCUUAAUACGGUCAACCGGUUGGAACUUGUUCCUACAAAGGUGGAUAAAGCAAAACAGGCGGUUGAUAAUCUAUUGGAACAGUUGAAAUCUGAUAUAGAACUGAUUGGUGUGGCCAUUGAUAGAACAGUUGAUCAAGCUAAGGGUGCGUUAGAUGUCUCCAUCAAAUCACUUCGAGAUGCGAUAACUGACUCCCACAAAAAAUCCCUAACGGCCGUCACCGCCGCCUUCACCGAAGUAACUAAACAAGUCCGCCACCUCUUCGCCGAGCAGCACGUCGCGGACCUGCAGGCGCUGCAUACGCUGGUUGAGCAAAAAUUGGCGGAGGUGAGAAAAAUAAUUAAUGAAGAUAAAGUCACGGGCGUCAAAGGCCUUUUGAAAAUUAUGUCUGGCGUGUCACUUCAUACGAAAAAUGUAGAUUUCACUAAGGAAAAUAAUCUGCUUAAUCAGCUUAAAAAGGAUAUGCCUGAUCAAGUUCAGAAGCCUCCGACACCUUUGCCGUCCGAUGAGUACAGUAAGCAAUUCAAAGAAUUGGCCUUCAACUUCCAGGAUUAUAUUGAUCCACUGCUACAGUACACUGAAGACCAAGUAAAAGAUAAUUCGCAAGAUAAAAAUAAUCCUCUUCCCACUGAGCAGUCUGGCCGUGUUAAACUUAUCAAAAAUGCGGUCGAUGAUUUGCUCAAAUAUCUUGGUAAAUUUAGCGAUGAUAAUAAGAAUCAACACAAGGACGCUAAAAAGCGUAUUUACAUUUUUGAUGACUUAUUCACUACACUUCUUAAACAACUUUCCUCUUCCAUCCACUCCCACUCCCUCUCCCCCUCCAACUUCCACGGCUUCCACAACCCGCUGCUGCUCGACGCCCUCAAGGCCGGCAUGACGCAAUUCACCACUGAACUCUCCCGCGCGUAUGUGAAUGCUUAUAGCGGUAUGAAAUUCCAAGAAGACUUGCUUAAAAAAGAAAAGGACUCUGACCAAUUUCCCAACCAGUUAACCACCGAGGGCCGCAACUGCGCCAAGGUCUGCCUGACCAUACUGGAAACAUUGUUUUAUGACUUUGAAUCUUUAAGUAAAUUGUUACCAGCAAAGAAUGCUGAUAAGAUUAAUUCAGGUAAUAGCAUUGGCAACUUUUUUUCUGACCGCGGCUACAAGGUGGCCACUAAGGCUGGCGUCCAAGACGGUGAAUUAGACAAUUCUGAUAAGACAAACGCGCAGAAAAUUAAUCAGUUGCGUGAUAGUAAAAUUAAUGGCGUAAGUAACGGCUCCGACAAGCUCCACGAAUUAAUCAAUAGGCUAGCCACAGACCUUGUUUCCUACUACAACGUAUGUCACCUUAAUCACAUCACAUCACCUAGGGCGCCCACCACUGUCAACGAAAUGCUUCACUGGCUUGCUGGGCUCUACUACACGCCGAUGUAUGAUAAAUUGGCUGGUAAAUUUGCAGGGUUCUUCGAUGUACCCGAAGGAAACGGCACAACAGUAAGCAAGGCCAUAGAAGCCGCUGUGCCUGCAAGAAGAAGCGAAAGGAUGCUCCGAGAUCUUACCUUUAAAGAAAUGUCAGACCUAUUCAACAAUAUUACCAUCCGCCCAUAUCACAUAUUAGUUACCAUCCUUGGCCACGGCCACGCAGGCGGCCGGUAUGCCUGUGACUUCCUAACAAACCCAGAUGGUUUAAAUUAUCCAACAGACGUAAAUCAAUGCUUCGACCUGCUCGUCGAUAUAUGUCUUAGACUAAAUGAACAAAUCCUUUUCCUAUUUAAGCAGUGCCAAAAUGGCCCGGGCAGUAGUGGUUGGCGUGAUUGCUUGUACGGUCGUGGAGUAGGUGGUUCUUCGUGGAACUGCAACACUAUGCAAUGUCCGAACCAGAAUGGUAACCAAAAACACAACCAAAUGUGUAACCAAAAAUGUGACCAAAGUGUUAAGUGCGGUCUGAAAUCGCCUCUGCAAUCUUUUUUGGAAGAUGGACUGCAAGGCUUCUUGCCGCACCAAUUCACCUCUCCCGGCUGUAAGCUGGAAUGUACCGUGUCCAAUCACAAAGGACUUCCAUGUAAGACCCCUAUGGGCUUUAAGGACCUAAGUCAAAUAGCUUCACGAACUGGCACUGGCCAAUGUAUUAAGGAUGUGCUUGAUCCGUUCUGUGGCACAAGAGAGUGCUCACUGAGCCUAAUUUGUUCCUAUUUCAUAUACCUGUUGCGCCGACCCCCUCAGACGCUGGGCGACAUGUUUGCUUUCUAUUAUAAUAUCCUUGAUCACUGGUGUGCUGAGGGGGAACAAGCAAAACAUAGGCGACAAGCGUUCGAUGAUGCCGUUGAAAGAGCCAACUUGGGACGUCCUCAUUCUGAUUUGGACAUCACGAAAAUCUUAGGUUCUAAAAUCCAUAGAGAUGACAACCACCCCAAAGGUGAUCUGUUCAGCCUUUUGUCUUGCGACCCAGUGACGCAGUCGUCACUGCCGUGCGGACAAUACUUACAAUCAAUGAGCGAUGACAUUCGGUUGUUGUAUUCUAAAGAGUACGCUGAUAACUAUCUCUCGUGGAUUGUGUACAUCACUGAAACGUUCUAUGAUUUGCUUAAGAAAUUGUAUUCCGAGUGUUGCCGAAAGUGCAAUACGCAGGGAACGAGAUGUUAUGAUAAAACCUGUGCUGAGAGUUGUAACGUAAACUCGUAUUAUAAAACACAGCAGCACACAUCGCAACCCCAGCAACAUAACCAUCAAAAUGAAUGCCAUUCUAUUGUCAAAUGUCAAAAUACCCAUCCAACUCUUUACAAAUAUGGAUUUACCUUCGGAAGCCCAUGGAACUUAAGUGGCAAAAGCAGUGAUCCGAAUCAAAAAAGAACGUGCCAAGACCUCUGCCAGGCAUUGGAAAAAGUGUGUCCUGGCCGAUCGGUUAGGCAUGGGAAUGGUGAUGGUCAGGGUCUUGAUGAGUUGGCUGAAGCUGUGAAAAAGUUGAUUGGUGAUGCAAUUAACAAUGCAACUGAGAGUCUUGAAAAGAGGAAAAAGGAACUUGAGUGCCCUAAAAAAUAUAAGGGAAAUGAAUCUAAUUGUCAGUAUAUUGGUAGGUUAAUAAAGCAAGCUGAAGAGUCUAAAAAUUCUGGUCAACCUGAAAAUCCUAAUAAAAAGCUUUAUGAAGGCUAUAUGAAAGAUUGUAAAGUCAAUUAUCACAAUGACAGUUAUUAUGAUGAUUCUACAAAGAAGGCGUUGAAGGAUAUUGAGAAAAGGCAAAAGACACUUAAGGAGCUUAAAGAAAAACUCGAGAAAUUUAUUGGCACAAAAGAUGGUGAGAAUCCUGCAACAAAAAUUUUAGAAAAUCUUUGCGAUGGUCUCCAAACAUUCUUAGGGUAUAAUGCAAUUUCUAAAGGCUACGACGGCUCCGGCAUCGUGUACUCGGACCUCGACAGGCUGUGCGACGGGGUGAUGGCGUUUUUGCACGGGGUGCUUAAAGAUGUUUAUAACAAUAAAACUUUAUUGCCAUACAGUAAUACAUUGCUUGACGCAUUUCGUGAACUAGAAUCGAAUAUUCAUGGAGGUCACUCAAAAUUUGGUAAGUCCGUUCAGGCCGUCAAGGAAGGCAUCGCCGACUGGUUGGCAUUGGUUGACAUGAUGAAUAAAAAAGUGACAACACCGUUGGAAAUUUUGUUAGACGAAAAGCAUUUGCCUUUGAUUUCAAAAGUUAUCGAUGGUUUAAAAAAUCAAGAGUAUAAUAGUCUUUCACAGUCUACAUUACGUAAGUGGAUGGAUGCCGUUCACCAAAUUCCAAACUUUAGUACAGAGUCCUCAGAAUAUCUCAACCUAAUUGACGCCAACCUCCAAAAAGAUUUACUUCCACACGUCACCCUUAUUAAAGACAGAGUGGACGCUUUCGUGGACUCCACUAAGCAGGAUCACGAGGGGCUUAAGGAGGUGUGUGGGAAGGUGGAUGAGCAAACAAAAAUUAUUAUAGACUAUGCCCAUGGAGUGGGGAGGGAAACUAAACGAAAUGUUGGCAUUUACUUGGAAAAGUGUGAAAAUCUCCUCCAGCAUCUUAAGGAAACGAGUGACAAGCUUGAUAGGACACGUGCAGAUGCUUAUAGGGGAGAGUUGAAGUGGCUGAAGACUUCGGCGUCCGCAGCAUUGAGUACAGCGCUAGGGAAUGCAGAUAAGGUGAAUCAGCUCGAUAAGCAGAUUAAGGGGGAUUUAGAUUCUAAGACUCAACAAGUGUGGUUACAGUCAAUGGCUCUCAACAUUUCGACACUGCAGAGCGGUAUUGAACAAUUGACGCCAAAGAUUAAUGAGGCGAUUGGAAAUCUUUCUGAAAUUAUCGGUGAUAAGUCAAAAACAACUGUUGAAGGGUUCGUGGGAAAACUCAGAGAUGAGGUAAGGGGUCUUCAUAACGUGAUUGAGGCUGUAAAAGACGAGCUGAGCAAUCUUGAUGAUAGCAAAUAUCCUAUGCUUAAGUACUAUAAGUCAACAUAUUCGUCAACUACAAGCGACGCAAACAUUGUCGAAAAACUCAAAAAAGCGCUAGAAAAAUCUAAAUCUGCCCCCAAAGCUCCUCCCCCUCCUCCCGGUCCUCCAGUUGCAGCUGAAGAAAAAAACGUGGCAGGUAAAGUAGACGAAGCGAUAAAGGCUGUUGCCGAUAAAGUUAAAGAACUUGACAAUGAAUUCCAACGUAAAGUUAGAACGGAGUUUGACAAUGCAGUUAGAAAUCUAAAUUCAUCACUUAUUAGUUUGAAAUCCUUCUCCAAGCAUCUUGCCGCUGACCAUACGGGCAUGAAGGCCAACGUUACUGAGUUAGGUAAAGAGAUUGAUAAAAAUCAAAAAGCAUUUCAGAAAUUCAUCACGGCCGUUAUGGAUGCCAAACUGACAGAGAUGAUUCAGGAGGUCAUCAAUGCAUUGUCCUCGGCAAGAACACAGAUCAUCGUCCACAUAACAGACAUCACCGAAGAAAUAAAACUAAAAUCCACCACCGCCGCCACCUCCAUCAAACGCCACGCCCUCUCCCAGUUCGCCGCGUCCAAGGCCCGCGCGCUCGAGAAGCUCAAGCAGCUGGUCACUGAGAAAAACGAGGCGAUUAAGAAGAUUAUCGAAGACGAUUCCAACAGCGGGCUGAAGGGGAUGAUGAAGGAAAUUGAUAAACAUAAGACUAAUCUAUCACAGAUUCCCGAUAAAACUGAAUUAGCGCUAAUGGCCCUCUACUUCAAUAAGUUCCUUACCAAUGUUAUGACGUAUGUAAAAGAACAAGUAAAACAUGACAAUGAACUUAAAAGCGACGUGAAAUCCAUCUCCCUGCUCUCUCAUACUUUAUUCGACGACCUUUACGCGUCAAAACACUUCGAUCACACCUUUUGCAAAAACAUUAAAAGUCUAAAAGACAAGCUCAGCAGCUUUUCACCUAAGCAGUUCGUUAAUUCCCACCAUCCAGAGUUGGCUGAUAUCCUGAAAAAAGGAAUGCAGGCAUUUGUAAAAGAGCUGCAGAAUCAGUAUGUUUCGAGGUAUUCGAUGGAGCAGUGGAAGCCGGAGGAGGAAGGGAAGUAUGCGAAGGUUUUGCUCACGUCAAUGGAGGGGCUGAGAAAAGAUGUGUAUGAUUUGCAAAACGAAUGUGGAAAGACAUCUGGUGGAUGGAGGGAGAUGAACAUUAUUUUAGGCAAUAAGCUUGGCGCCUGGUUCCGGAAGCGUGGUUACAAGGUUAACUCCGAGCAAGGCAAGCAGACUGGCGAGUUGCAGGACAAGGACUCUAUGAAGGGUGAAGAAAUUCAUACUAAGCUUCUUACCAAGGAAAAUAUAAACAUCUCCAACAUUCGUUUGCUUGUUGACUGGAAGAACAAUAAAAACAGUGUUCCUGCAACUGCAUCCAACGGUAAUAUCCAGAUUUCGCUCUAUGACCUUGCUCUCUUCCUUCGCGACCACCUUAGAAACUAUUACCGUGUCUCUCACCAUAUGCACAACGAUUCACCGAAGUCACCUAGUAACAUUUAUCAGAUGAUGUGUUGGCUGUCCGGGUUGUACUUCAAUCCGAUGUACCACAAACUCGGUGACUACUUCAAGGAGCUCUUCGACAAACCAGAAGACGAAUCGAAAUUGCAAGACCCCUCCAACUACAAACUCGACGCCACUACGCCAUUUACAGCGAAAGUGCUAAAAGAUGCACUCCAACAGGUGUGCUUACUCUCGCAACUUGCACUGGUUGGCAUCCAAGGUCACGGUCACGCCGAAGGGCGUUACGCCUGUGACUUCCUAACAAACGCAGAUAAAUUAUCGUACCCUAGCAGUGUUAGUUCAUGUUUCGACAUGCUUGUCGAUGUGUUGCAUAGAGUGUUUCAACGAGUAUACUUUCUAUAUACCCAGUGUAAAAACGACCGCAGUAGGGGUGGCUGGGCCGAUUGCUCUUACGGCAGGUACGUCGCUGGCUCCUCUUGGCUGUGCAAUGUGAAGCAAUGUGGGAACCUAGAUUGUAACCUAAGCCCUAACCAAAAGGUCAACCACAACACUAACCAAAGCGCCGACCAACGCUGUGAGCAACAUCCCAAGUGCGGCCUUAAGUCGCCGUUACAGUCCUUCCUCGAGGACGGCCUACAAGGGUUUUUACCACAUUCUUUCAAAACGCCCGGAUGCAAACUGACGUGCACAGUUUCCAAUCACAGAGGACUCCCAUGCAUCACGCCAAUGGGCUUUGCCGAUAUUGGUAUCGCAGCAUCUCAUACCAAGGACGGCACGUAUCUUAAAGAUGCUCUGAAUCAAUUCUGUAAUGCAGGUUCAAACCUCGCUAAGUUGUGUUCUUACUUAUCGUGUCUUCUGCGUCAACCACCGCAAAAUCUGGGCGAUAUGUUAGCUUUCUACUAUCAGCUGCUUAAGAACUGGAAUCAUAGAAAUAUUAAGCAGCAUAAGGAAGAUGCCUUCGUUGAAGCUGUUAAAAGAGCCAAUUUCUGGAAUGACGAAACAACCUUGAAUAUCGCAUCCAUCCAAGUCAGCAAUGCACACUCCGACAAACAUUCCCAAGGUGACCUCUUCAGCCUUACAGAUUGUAAUCAUGAGAAGAAUCCCGGCCUGCCAUGCGGUAAAUACUUGCAUCCGCUAACAUUGAAUAUGCGUUCCAUAUUCUCCUCUAAGCGCUCUGCAAAUUAUCUUUCCUGGGUGGUGUACUGUACUGAGACAUUCGUUGGUCUGCUCUACGAUUUGUACGCAUCAUGCAAGAAGUGUGAGACGCCUGGCAGCAGAUGCUGUGACAAGAGCUGUAUUAAAACGUGUAAGGUAAAAUACACUGACAAUUCCGGAAAACCUAAAAUUCCAUUACAGAAUGAUAAGCACACUACCAACUGUCAUUCAAUCGUCAAAUGUCCGGAUAUGCUUCCGACGCUGUAUAAGUAUGGAUUCACAUUUGGUAGUCCAUCCGGACUAAGUGGAGAAGAAAAGGAAGGGAAAUACAAAAGAACGUGCAAGGACUUCUGCGAAGCAUUGAAGAAAGUGCUACACAAAGACUCUGUACUCAUUCAACUAAUCAACGAUAUAGACACAUUCAUCUGGAAGAUAAGAGCGAAUUUCUCCUACCUCUUAUUAGCCCUCUGGUCGCUGUCGCUCCUGUACCUGCUGCACAUCGCCGUCGUCCGCCUCGACGUCCUGAGGAUACGCUCCCACCUGCGCUCGCCCUCAAGCCACCGCAUCGCCGCACAGUCCCUCCUCGCCGCCGCACGCGUCAGGGCACUCGCCAACGUCAAGUACUUCUCACCAUAA